AAGGGGGCGCGGGCCGGGGCGCGCGGCAGCGGCGGCGGUGUGUGAGCGGGCGGUGAGAGCGGCUCCGCGGCACGGAGGGCGCCCCCUGGCGGCGGGGCGGCCCCGCCCGGUCCCGCCAUGGCGGCCGUGCCGCUGAACAACCUGCGGGAGCAGCUGCGGCUCCACUCGGCCCGCGGCGGCCUCGGGAAAGCGGCCCCGCCGCGGCCCCGGCCCACGGGCUUCACGUUCAAGAAGCUCUCCCCGGCCGGGCGCGCUCCCGCCGCCGGGGCGCUGCGGGACAAGGAUGUGAACGCCGCCCUGGGCCCGGGCGCCCCCGCCGCCGCGGCCCGGAGGACGCAGAUCCAGCACUUCUUCCCGGCGGCGGGCGGCCAGCGGGGCCUCGGGCCGGGCUGCGGGCUGCGAGACCCGCCGGGAGGCCCCGGCGGGAGCGAGGGGCUGCGCGGGGCCCCCGCCCGGGGAGCCGGGCCCGGCGCUGCGGCUGCUCCCGCCGCCCCCGCGGGAGACGAAUGGGACGACAUCGAUGACUUCGACCUGUCGGAAACACAGCGGUUCGGGCGGGUGCCGGCUCUGUCGUCCCCCGGGCAGUCCCCCCGCGGGCCGCACCCCCGCCCGGAGCAGCCGCCCGGCGCUUCCCCCGGCACCGGCCCGGGGCCGCGCAGCCCCCCGGAGCACGGGGAGGCCUCUCCGGAGCCCGAGCCCCGGCCCCUGUCCCAGCAGUCCCUGAUCUGCCUGGAUGACCUGGCUCCCUGCAGCGGUGACCCGGCCGCGGGUGGGGGCGACUGGGAGAACUCACCCGCUGACCUGGUUCUGGACAGUGAUGGGGGACAGCUGCACCCAGGUGCUGAGGAUCAGAGCGGCCAGAGGCAGCAGCCGAGCGGUGGUGGGAGCAGCAGUGGUGGGAGCAGCCGCCUCCCGGGGAGGGACGAUGACGGUGUUGACCUGGAGCUGGAUGAGGACGAUGAGCUGGACGUGGUGCCGCCCUCCCCUGAGGAGCCGCCUUCUUGCUCACCCUCUGUGAAAAGCAUCAGUAAUAUUUUCAAAGAGCCUCCCCCUGGGGGAAGAUGCACACCCAGCAGCAGCGAGUCCCAGCCUGGGAAGGUUGUCACAAUGCAGCCUGUUGCUGACAGUGAUCCUGGUGCGGAGGAUGCAGGCGAGGGGCUGCGCGGCGUGAUGGAGGAGAUGUGCCGGCUGCUGGACACCGUCCCGCUGCGGGAGCUGCAGGCGCUGUCCUGCGCCAGGGAGCUGCUGCGGCUCAGAGACCUCAGGAGAAAACUGCUGGCCGGUUCCGUCACUUGGAGCAAAAGCGGCACAAGCGACACUUUUCCUACGAGCGGGAGGGCAUGUGUGGAGGGGGAUGCCCCAGCCCGGGAUGGCACUGCCCCGUGUGCUGGGACCAGCUCGAGCUUCGUGUCCAACAGAAACUCACCCAGACCCACACACCUCCCACCUGUGCGGCCCGGGACGGUUCAUCCAAGCAACUUUUCCACCAAAACGAAUCAAACCUUGGAUACAUCUUGCGCCUCAAAGCCGAGCGUGGAGGAACUUGGCUGCCCCGGCACGACAGCCCUGCCCGUUCCCAAGGCCAGUGGCACAGACGGCAGCAGCUGGUGCGAGGAGCCCAGGGUGGGAACCGCUGGUCCUGCGAGCAGAGCUGCCACUGCCGCCCCCACCACAGGCAGUUCGGCUGCAAACGACACUGACUUUGACCUCGAUUACUUUGAUAUUGAUGAUUUUGAUGAGGACUGGGAGAACUCUGUGAACGUUUCGGCACCUCAAACGCCGUCGGCACCAUCAUACCAGCCCAUUGGGGAAGGGCCACCCACCAAAUCGCUGUCAUCAAAGAUCCUGUCCAGAGUCAAAGGAGCUGCUGCUGUAUCCAGCACCGCUGCCCCGAAGUCCAGCUUUGUGAUGGCAACAAAGAACAGUUCAGAUCAGCCGGUGAACAACCCUGCGCUGGAACGGUUCAGGGGAAUGAAGUUUCCCCAUUCUGAAGAAAUGAUGAAUACGUUUCACAAAAAGUUUGGUUUGCACUGUUUCCGGACAAAUCAGCUGGAGGCCAUCAACGCGGCACUGCUGGGCGAGGACUGUUUCAUCCUGAUGCCCACCGGCGGGGGAAAGAGUUUGUGCUACCAGUUACCAGCGUGUGUCUCUGCUGGAGUCACCAUCGUCAUCUCUCCACUGAGGUCAUUGAUCAUAGAUCAGGUUCAGAAGCUGAAGACUUUGGAUAUUGCUGCAACAUAUCUGACUGGUGACAGAACAGAUGCUGAUGCUUCAAAAAUAUAUAUGCAAUUGUCAAAAAAAGAUCCUGUAAUAAAGCUUCUGUAUGUUACCCCUGAGAAGGUCUGCGCCAGCAGCCGGCUCAUGUCAGCCCUGGAAAACCUCUACGACAGACGGCUCCUGGCGCGCUUUGUGAUCGACGAGGCCCACUGUGUCAGCCAGUGGGGUCAUGAUUUUCGGCAAGACUACAAAAGGCUGAAUAUGCUGCGCAAGAAGUUCCGCUCUGUUCCCAUGAUGGCUCUGACCGCCACCGCCAACCCGCGCGUGCAGAAGGACAUUCAGAAUCAGCUCGAGAUGCUGAAACCACAAGUGUUUACAAUGAGCUUCAACAGGCAGAACUUGAAAUACGAUGUAUUACCCAAGAAGCCGAAGAAGGUGGCAACAGAUUGCUUGGAAUGGAUUAAAAAAUACCAUCCCCAUGACUCUGGAAUAAUUUAUUGCCUUUCCCGCCAUGAAUGUGACACAACAGCGGCCAUUCUGCAGAAGGAGGGUCUGGCUGCUCUCGCCUACCACGCUGGCCUGCCCGACUCCAACAGAGACCUGGUGCAGAAGAAGUGGGUUAAUCAGGAAGGGUGCCAGGUUAUAUGUGCAACCAUCGCCUUUGGAAUGGGAAUCGAUAAACCUGACGUCCGCUACGUGAUUCACGCGUCUCUUCCCAAAUCCCUGGAAGGUUACUACCAGGAGUCGGGCAGGGCCGGGCGGGAUGGGGAGAUGUCCCACUGCCUGCUCUUCUACAGCUACAGCGACGUCACCCGGCUCAGGAGGCUCAUCCUCAUGGAGAAAGAUGGAAACAGUCACACGCGACAGACCCACUUUAACAACCUGUACAGUAUGGUUCAUUACUGUGAGAACGUAGUCGACUGCCGGAGAAUUCAGCUUUUGGCCUACUUUGGGGAAACUAACUUUAAUCCCAACUUCUGUAAAGACCACCCAGAAGUCAUUUGUGAUAACUGCAGUAGAAAGAAGGAUUACAAAUCAAGAAAUGUAACAGAUGAAGUGAAGAGCAUUAUAAGAUUUGUGCAAGAGCAUUGUGGACAGAUGGGACGAAUAAACGCAAAGAGAAAUCCGGGUUCUGGGAGAUACACAUUGAAUAUGAUGGUGGACAUUUUCUUAGGUACAAAGAGCGCGAAGAUUCAGUCUGGGAUAUUUGGGAAGGGAGCUGCCUACUCGAGGCAUAACGUUGAAAGGCUGUUUAGAAAACUGGUCUUGGACAAGAUUCUGGAUGAAGAUUUGUAUAUCACAGCUAAUGACCAAGCUGUGGCAUACGUGGUUCUAGGAGAGAAAGCUCCGGCUGUGCUCAAUGGCUCACUACAGGUGGAGUUCCAUGAAACAGAAAGUGCCAGCGCCAUCAGAAAGCAAAGAGCUUCCGUGGCAAAGAUGUCACAGCGGGAAGAGAUGGUUAAAAAGUGCCUCGGGGAACUUACAGACACAUGUAAAAUGCUUGGAAAAGUCUUCGAUGUGCAUUACUUCAAUAUUUUCAGUACUUCAACUCUGAAGAAAAUAGCAGAAACCUUGUCGUCUGAUGCGGAGGUUUUACUGCAGAUUGAUGGUGUCACAGAAGACAAACUAGAAAAAUACGGCGCGGAAAUAAUUAAAGUGAUGGAGAAGUACUCUGAAUGGACCCUCCUAGAAGAUGCCGCCUGCCAAAGCGUGGACACAGCGACAGGCAGCACCGGCACACCUGGGAGCGAUGAGGACGCAGAAGAUGUAGGUACAACCUCGAGCUAUUUUUGCAAUAAUGCAAACCAAAGAAGGAAAAGGAAAAGGCCACCCAACUUCGGAGAAUCGAAGAGGAAGAAGACAAGUCACGGUGGCAGCCAGCAGUUUCACUACAAAGGGGGUCACAGCAAGUACAGGAGGACCAGGAGGCCAUUCGGCUCGAAGGCUCCAGCCGGGUCUGGCUCUGGCUCAGCACCGCACAGCGUCGCGGCCACACCAGGGGCUGCGGGCAGGCUGGGAGUCCUGGCACCGCCAAAACCCAAAGCCAGGCAGUUCCUUCAGCCUUCCUAUUCAAUACUGUAACUAGCACCAUGUGAAUACUGUAUAGAGCAAGCCCUGAAGAUGUAAUUGUUUAUUAUUUUUUUUAUUAUUUCUUUUGCUAAACCUUCUGACACUUGUACAUUUGCCAAUUACAAAAACUUGAAUUAAAUAAACUUAUGAGUUUAAAAACCA